AUGUUACUGUGCCUUGUACUCGUCUUUGCCGAAACUGCAUCGGGCUUAAGCCGUAUUUCAGGACCUGGUUUUCAAGCUGUUAACUUUGCUAAGGCCAAAGAAGGACGAAAGUUGAAUGGAAGCGUGAUAAAAGAAAUGCAAGUUGAUACAGAGGGUGCGUGUAGGCGUCAAUGUGUCAUUGACGAGCAAUGCCGCUCUUACAACUUUGGACUCAAGAAGAAUAAAGCUCGGAAUUUCCUGUGUCAGUUAAAUGGUUCCGAUAGAUUUGUUGGUUUUGGUAACUUCACAAAAGAUGACAAUUUCAAGUACAGAGGAAUGGAGGUAAUUAACCAUCAAAAGAGAAAUACCUAGUUAAGGUGUUUCGAUAUAGUUUUUCAAAAGCCAUACCGAUAUUUUUCAAUCGCUUUAAAAGCGAUUUUAUCCUUGUCUGAUAGCUAUAAAAGUUGCACCAAUGAUAAACUAUAGAUUGAAAUUUGGCAAAAUGUAGGUUUUAAUAAAAUCGAUGUUACUAUGACAACAAUAAACUAAAAACUUUGAAAUUGAUAAAGCUGAAUUUUGAGCGAUCUAGACCAGCUACUGAAAAUCCAACACUAGGAACUUAAAGUUUGGUAAUUAGCAAAUACCCUUCGUGGGAAGUAAAAAAUUCUGAAUGUUUGAAUUCGAUUAAAACGAAAAUAUAGUUCAGACCUUAAAUUGUCAAUAGCCGUGAUAAAUUAUUUAAUAAAACGUUAUAAAUGACACAAAUUAAAUUAAGUUCUUAAGUAGCGUCAGAAUGCUGCUUAAUAUCAUAUUUCGAUGCUCGGAAAUUUUGGUGUAUUUUCGUUCUUGCGAUCACUUAAAAACUAACCCGUUUUCUCAACACCUGUCUAAGUGCAACUUCAUUCAAGAUUUGGACUUUUAGCGCUUUUUUGUAUAUCUCUAAAACGACUCGAACUAAUUUUUUUAAAAUCUCUUCACAUAAUCUUCAUUAUUAUAUGGCUGAGUCUGUUUUCGCCAUGCGAUUGGUCAAUUUGCGAUCCGUAACUUGCUAUACGGACCAAAAUUUUUAAAGAAAAGGUUCAUUUCGGAGCUCUAAGUCUCUUUACCUAGGAAAAAAGAUUUAAAUAAAGUUAUAAGACGCCUGUCAACCUUGAAGACUUGGGUGUUGACUUUGGCCUUCAACAUUUUAAACUGUGUUUAUUUGUGAACGAAGGUGAUGAAGAAACAGAAACUCAUAAAGGGUUGAACAACCCCUUAUGAGUUUCUGGAAGAAACUAACUCGUAAUCUUAUCGACGAAGAUUCUAGUCAGUGUUUGAAAAUUUUAUUGUAGUACACAGUUAAGAAGACGAAAAUCGACUGGCAGAGAUUCGAGAUGUUUUGGCUAAGAUAAAAUGAGUAAUUCCUUCAACAUAUAUGAUAACAAACAUACCUGCACCGAUCAUCUUGAGAAGCUUCUUUGCCAUUUUAUUUUAAAAAAAUUAGUUCGAGUCGUUUCAGAGAUAUCCAAAAAGCGCUAAAAGUCCAAAUUUUGAAUGAAGUUGCACCUAGACAGGUGGUGAGAAAACGGGUUAGUUUUUAAGUGAUCGCAAGAACGAAAAUACACCAAAAUUUCCGAGCAUCGAAAUAUGAUAUUAAACAGCAUUCUCACGCUACUUAAGAAUAGUUUGAGUCAUUUAUAACGUUUUAUCAAAUAAUUUAUCACGGCUAUUGACAAUUUAAGGUCUGAAAUAUAUUUUCGUUUUAAUCGAAUUCAAACAUGCAGAAUUUUUUACUUCUUACGGAGGUUAUUUGCUAAUUACCAAACUUUAAGUUCCUAGUGUUGGAUUUUCAGUAGCUGGUCUAGAUCACACAAAAUUCGGCUUUAUCAGUUUCAAAGUUUUUUGUUUAUUGUUGUCAUAGUAAUAUCGAUUAUACUUAAAUCUACGUUUUCACAAAUUUCAAUCCAUAGCCAAUUACUGGUGAAAAUUUUAUAGCUAUCAGACAAGGAUAAAAUCACUUUAAAGGCGAUUGAAAAAUAUCGGUAUCGAAACACCUUAACAAUGGUAACAUGUACAAUUUUUUGCUAGUUAAAAAUAUUUUUUGUCAGAGUGUCUGCUAGUCUGAAAGCUUUUUAAUAUUCAACACUUUGACCGGUUUCAAACUUUCUUUGUAACAACGCGCAACAAUAUUCAACAGAGUGUGCAGACGGACGCAACAUAUAACAUCCAAUAAUCUUGGGAGUUGUUGGCCAACAAUGUUGUGUCCGCUUGCACGGGGCUUUAGUUAUUUUCCUUGCCUUUAAAACAGAGUGUCUGCGAGUCUAGCAACGCGGACCUUUGCGGCGACAAAGGAAUCUGCCUACCAGACUACUCCAAAGACAGCUUUACAUGUAAAUGUGACAAAGGCUACACAGGAACACGGUGCGGUAAGUUACAAACGUCCCAUCCCCUGGAUCUCUUCCACCUUGGGGGUUUGAAGACGAAAGAUUCUAAUCAUUUGUGCAUAAAAUGUGACUUGAAGUUGUUUAUUUAUCUGUUAGCAUCUUAUUAUUCCGAAGUAGUCUUUUACUCGUUUUUAUAUUAAGUCCAAAGUUAGGGAGAGAAAAGCUUUCUCGUGGUCCAAAGAAUGUUUAGCAAUUAUUAAACUGGGCAUGGUAGGAUAUGAAGAACUAUGCAGAUCGAGGAUUCAAAAUAAUUCCAAGUUAAGAAACAAGUUAAAGGGAACCUCCACUUCAACAAAAAGAUAACUUUAAAUCACAGGAAAUAACUGUUACAGUCAAGUCAACCUAAAAUAUUUUUAAAGAAAGCGUUUGUAUCGGAAAGAAAUAACUUUUAGAUUCACCUAUUUUUGUUUUCAAAUUUUGCGGGCGUCGCCAUCUUGAAUAAUUGUGACGUGUUAUGGUUGCCCUAUUGUUAUUAAACAAAAGCUCUUUGUGUCAGAACAAUAGAGCAACCGUAACACGUCACAAUUAUUCAAGAUGGCGGCGCCCGCGAAAUUUGAAAGUGAAAAUAAGCGAUUUUAAAAUUCACUUUUCCUGAUAUAAACACUUUCUUUAAGGACAAAUUUUGAACAAAUUUGUUUAUCAACAUAAUUUUAUUCGAUUUAAACUUAAUCUGUAGUAAGAGUGGAGGUUCCCUUUAAAACAUGCUUAUCUCCGUGGAUGUUACGUUUAUAUCGAUAAUGCAUCUUUAUCGGGAAGUUUAGGAGAUAACGGCUGUUCAGGUCUGCAAAUAUUCUCCAAAUAGCAGAUGUCGUUCUUCGAGUUGUUUUCUUGCUGUUCUUACUAUGUUUUUAGACAAUAGUUCGACGUGAAACGAGUAAAAUGUUCCGCCACCACUUACUUCGCCAUUACUCACUUCGAAAACAACUCAACCUCGUCCCCAGGUCUUCUCGGUUAACGGUUCAAUAACCUGCAUUUUCACCGCACUUUUGACGUCAUCGGUUCGAUAUGCCAAAAAUUUUCCAAAUUUGGUCAAAAGUAGCUGGUUAUGAUGAAUUAUGCGUGUGAUUUUAGUCAAUCAGAAACAGAGAAAUAUUUUGAAUGAAUAAUAUAUAAUUUUAUAUGCGUGUAUUAAGUUUAAACAUAAGUUUAUUUGCAUAACCUAAAAUACCGUCAACUCUUUCUGAGACGGACAGUCAGGGCUUGUCCCAAAGAUGUCCGUCUUAGGGAAGGGUAAUUUUAAAGUUGAAACUAUACGCGUUGAAUAAACGUCUGUUUAACUUGCACAAAACAGCUACAGCUGGAACACUGCAACAAAAUUGGAGUUCUUUUCUUAUUGUGCAAUCAGACGUUCAUUACAAUCAAACCGCUUUCACGGCUUCGUGGUCUAAAAGCUUAACACUUUUCGCUCUGUUAACUACCAGAGCAAAACUACUUAAAAUAUCAAACAUUUUGCAGUUUAAGUUACUGUCAUGUACAGCACCUACAUUUCCGUUUUGAGGUCGUUGUCACCACAUAAAGCACUUCCAAAUUUGGCCGUUGACGGUUUCAAAAGUGUCCGUUGUCCGUCUUAGAGAGACGUCCGUAUUAUAGAGAGUAUGGUUACAGUAAAAUGACUGGGACCAACUUUCGUUAGGCGCCCGUCUUACGGAUGAAUCCGUAUUAUAGAGAGCAUGGUUACAGUAAAAUGCCUGUGACCAACCCUAGGUGUCCAUCUUAGAGAGGUGUCCGUAUUAUAGAGAGUAUGGUUACAGUAAAAUGACUGGGACCAACCCUAGGUGUCCAUCUUAGAGAGGUGUCCGUAUUAUAGAGAGUAUGGUUACAGUAAAAUGACUGGGACCAACCCUAGGUGUCCAUCUUAGAGAGUUGUCCGUAUUAUAGAGAGUAUGGUUACAGUAAAAUGACUGGGACCAACCCUAGUUCUUACUAAACAGAAGGCCGUCUUUUAAAGUUGUCCGUUAAGAGAGAGUUUACUAAAAAUCGAAAGGGAGAUGGAAGAAUUUGAGACAGUACUAGAAAGCUUAAGGCGGCUCGGUUAUCUCAAAUUUUGGGUCAAAACUUUUUCAGCUUUAACGCAAAGGCUGAGAAAGUUUAAAAAGUCCGAAUAUACAAUUAUUUUUGAAAAGGGACGUACAACCUGUUUCACGAUGUGUCAUCUUGACGCGCAUAUAUCAUAUAGUUUACGACUCUAAUUUUAACUCAUUUGAAUUAAGAGUUGUAAAAUAGUUUCCAAAUAAUGAUAUUUGUCAACGAUUAUCUGGAAAAAAGUUCACACCCAAACUCUUUUGCCUCUUUUACAUUCCAGAAUUAAUCAUAGAAGACUGCUCUAAACUUGGUCAAAGUGGUUUGGCAUCUACUGGAAUCUACUACAUCAACCCAGAUGAUGGCAGCCCAAUACAAGUACUGUGUGACAUGACUACAAACGGUGGAGGUUCGACCGUCUUUCAGAGACGUUUAGACGGUUCGGUUGACUUUUUUCAGGGCUGGAAAUCAUACAAAAAUGGGUUUGGAAAUUUAAGCGGUGAGUUCUGGCUUGGAAACGACAAUCUUCAUCGCUUGACAGCCUCUGAUGACGUCAUGCUUAGAGUUGACCUGGAGGACUUUGACGGCAACAUAACAUACGCAGAGUAUACAACAUUUCAAGUAGCGAACGAAGCAGAUAAAUACAGGAUUGCGAUUGGAGGAUACAAUGGUACGGCUGGUGACUCGAUGGUAGAUGACGGAGGGCACACCCAAAGGUAAGCAAAUAUUUCGGUGGUAAUUAAUUUGUAGCAACAGAAAAAGACACACUGUCAAUACUGCGCUUAUAAGCUCUUCCACUUUAUUAUAAGCCACCUCCGGACCAGUUAUAAACCCAUCUAUAGACCCGUAAACCAAAACAUACAUCCGAUUACAAGCCUCCGGAUAUAAGCCCCUUACGAAUCUAUUGAAUUCGAUUUAUUAUGACAUUUUGAAGGUUAAUUUAAAAAAAGAAGUAAAUGCAAGACCUAUUAGGACUGCUAUAUCUUGUUUCAAGGCGCUGUUUCUAUUUCGGGUAUAAAACAGCUCGGAUAUAAGUCCCUCCGUUUAUAAGCCCUUCUUAAACCCCUGACGAAGAUGUAUAAGCCCAGGGAUAAGCGGCCGUUUUAUGGUAUCAAAUCAACAAUCUUUCAGUAAUAUAAUUUCCUUUUAAGCCCAUCUUACACUGCUGCAAGAGCCCAUAACCCGGAGUGAGCAACUCCCAUGCGAGGCCUAUGUCACGGCGUUUUUACGGACCAGUUUAUUUUUAGACACAUUUUAGGGCACUUUUUCCCGCGAAAAUAGAAUCUCGACCAUGUCUAUGAGAGCAUUCGUUAAGUCUGUAGGUUUUGCUGACCGGUUUGUGGAAUUUAAAAGAUGUUCAAAAUUGGGCGCUAAAACCGUUCUAAAAAUUAACUGGUCCGUGAAAACGCCGUGACACGAGCGCAUGGAAGUUGCUCACUCCUGACUGCUGUUACGAUUCUUUUUACCCUUACGAUAAGUGAUCGCCAGCGCCGACCACCUUAGAUACCUUCUCCCUCUCAUUCAAAUCAUCUAUUAGUUGGUUAAGUCUCGUAUACUCUUAAGCGACCACAGCCACAUAAGUAGCAUCUGUAUCUGAACUGAAGGGUGCAGCAGUGAGCUGUAAUGCACAAAGCCUUCACUUCGGAAGCAUGAUGCGUAUUGCGCGAAUGUUAGGAUGGAAAGUUUUGCUUGAAGAAUCCGGAAUCGGGAACAAAUUCGCUUGUGGAAUACGGGAUCCUGGUCUUUGGAAUCCGGAAUCUAGCUCAAUGAAUUCGGAAUCCCACCAACAAUUGGAAUCCGAAAUCCAAGUUCCAAUUUUUUUAAAAAAUGAGGAAUCCAGUACUGGAAUCUGGAAAUCCACAGCGUGGAAUCCAAAAUCCAAGACCGUCCCUUACAUGGGGUGACUCGAAAAUUCCAACUCCAAAUUCACCUUGAAAUCCACCUCGAAAUCCAUCUCGAAAUCCUAACUCGGUAAAUAAAUAACCUCCUGACAGACAAAUCUCUUUGUAAAAUUUGUGCCAUUAUCAAACUGUGACCUUUUCCUGCAGUAACUUACAGUUUUCAACCAAAGAUGUCGACAAUGAUCGGACCUCUGCCAAUUGCGCUGUUUCAAAGAAAGGAGCAUGGUGGUAUCAUUCCUGCACUUUGGCCAAUCUAAAUGGUUUGUAUCGUCGGGGAUCUUAUAACACCAGGUACCCUAACGACGGAGUAAGAUGGGUCACGUUUAGAGGACAUUAUUAUUCGUUGAAACGCAGUGAGAUGAAAUUAAAACCUAAACCAUAAAAGGCAAUGGUAUAGGCUCUUUGCGUGACUUGAUCACGUGAUCAACUUUCGGUAAACACGAAAAUAGGUCACAUUUAAAAACUUUUGUU